GCGGAGACGCAGCGCGCGGAGGAGACGCAGGUCGCCGAGGAGACGCAGCGCGCGGAGGAGACGCAGGUCGCCGAGGAGACGCAGGUCGCCGAGGAGACGAAGCUCGCGGAGGAGACGAAGCUCGCGGAGGAGACGAACCUCGCGGAGGAGACGCAGGUCGCGGAGGAGACGCAGGUCGCAGAGGAGACGCAGGUCGGCGCGGCGAUGGUGGCGGCGGAGGCGGAGUGCGGCGACUUCGCAUUCGACCGCGUCUUCGCCGAGGACGCCGCCGCCCUCCGCCGCCAGGAGCCGCCCGCGCCGCCAGCACCUGCGCGCGAGGAUGGCGAGGAGGCCACCAGGAGCCGCCAGCUGCGCGCUGCUGGCUGGGUGCUGACGCCCGAUGGCUGGGGGAAGCCAGCAGCGAAGCCCGCGGUGCCCGUGGUGGAGAUCGAUUCGGACGACGAGGCACCGCUGUCCGCUGUGGCGGCCAAGAGGGCCAAGAUUGAUCAGGCGACGGUCGACGCGAGCCAGCCGCAGGCCUCAGACUGGCGCCCGCCCAGCAGCCAGCCAGCAGCAGCGGUGCAGCGCUCCACCAAGCAGCCCGAGACUGUGGAGGCGUCGCCUCUCCCCGACAGGCAGGACAGCUACCAGGCCAUCUUGAAUGAGAUCGAUGAGAUGAUGGCGGCGGAGGAGAGGGCGGAGCAUCGCCCUGCGGGGAUGAACGAGGAGGAGACGAUGCUGUACGAUAGGAUGAUGAACACCGAGGGUGGAGGCAGCAAGCGGCCGCAGGGGGGAAACGGAGGCGAGCCCGAAGCGCCACCGAGGAAGAGGCAGGCCGCCGUGCGGCGCGCGUCGACGCCACCCCGCGCGGCUCCAGCAGCCGCCGAGGCGUGCCCGCCAGCGAGCGAGUUGUCGCCGCUGCGCGAGGCGUCGCCACCGCCCACGCCGCCACGCGGGCUGGCCGUCAGUCUGUCGGAGCAGCCGCAGCAGCAGCAUCGGCCCGCCACGUUGGGGCCGAAGCACCAGGCCUUGCCGACCUUGCUUGGGAAGCAGCAGCCGACAGCCACCAGGGGUGGCGACAUGACUGGCAUCUCGAAGGAGGCCCUGGUGGCGCAGCUGAAGGCAGCGUGCGCGAAGAUGCAGUCGACUGACCCCGAGACGGACCUGCUGCAGGCGGAUGCGACAUUCGAGAAGUUCUACAAGGGCGACUUGAUCAUCAAGCUGCGUGAGAUGCGGCCCGAGGCGCGCGAGAAGACCAUCGACGAGGCCGACGACGGGGCGGUGGAGGAGACCACUUCCGCGCGCGAGGAGCGGGAGUUGUGGGAGUCCCUGGAGGCCAAGGGCUUCAAGUUCAGCACGGAGAAGAAGAAGGGCAACCCCGUCGCUGGCAGGUGGGACCGCGUGAUGAAGGGCACGAAUGCGUGGGCAGACAAGUACGCGCAGGCGGAGGGCUACCCCGCGAAGCGGGCGGUCCGCGAGGAGUGGGCGAGGUGGGCCUUCACCAACUGGGAGAAGCAGAGGCGCUUCGAGAAGUCCACGACCAACUCGAAGAAGCAGAAGCUCACAGGCACGUACGUGCCUCUGGCGAGGAUGGCGCGGAAGCUCGGCGGAGGGGCCCAGGGGGCCAGGAUGGCCUUCACCUACGCCACGAAGGCGAUCAUCAUGGGGGGCAUCUGGACGAGGUGGUGCAGCAUGACGGACACGCUCAUGUACCUCUUCGUGGAGCGGUCACUGGAGGACGAGUGGGUCCAGUCGUGGUCCAGCCACGAGACCUGGGCGGAGGGGGGCUUCGGCAACGGCGGCGGCGGCGGCGCUGGCGUACCUCAGCGCUGCAGCCGCGGGGCGCCGGCGACGAGGGCGGCGGCGGCGGCCCCGUCUCCCGAGCAGCAGCCAGUGGUGGAGGUGACGCCGCUGCAUCAGCUGAGGGAGGCCAACGAGCACAGCACCAAGAAGACGCCGCCCCCUGGCGAGAUCAAGGACACCGACGUGCCCAGCGAGCAGCAGCAGCCGAAGACGGAGGGUGAGGACACCAAGAAGAAGGUCGCCAAGAAGCAGCCCCAGUGGAUGGUGGAGUUCCGCAAGGUCAAGGCGCUCUACGGGCAGACCACGAGCCAGGUCUCCACGAUCGACAACCUCAUCCUCGCCGACAGGGACUGGAAGUUCGCCAAAGGCGAGGACAUCCGCGGGGAUAUGGACGCGCUCCAUGAGACG